AUGAUUGAUGGGUGUCCCAAUUUUGCAAUUGAAUUAAAUUUUGAGGAUGAGAUUAUAGACAUUAUUCAACUCCACCAAAUGUUGGCACUUGUCACCAAAACAUCAGUUUACAUUUACCACCUGUACACUUUAUUACCUUUGGCCAGUCAUACGAGAUCUUCUAAUUCGAUAGAAACCAAUGGUGUUAACACAAAGACUAAGAAGAAACUAAUACACAAUCCACAUAAUGGUAGACAAUCAAAACUUAACUUGUUUAUCCAGACAGACUCCAAUUUUCUUGUGACUUAUCAAAUUAGUAUUGAUUAUUCGCAUUCAAUUUAUGAAGUACACAAUAGUAAUCAUGAAUUAAUACAAGCGGCAAUACCGAUGAACUAUUCACUGGGUAAUUUUUCAUUUACUAAAUUUUUACAAUCAGCAACAAAAUCAUUUAUGCAAGGAAAUGAUGAAGAUGUAUCACCUAAAUUAGAAAAUGUUGAAAGUAUAAAUAAUAAUUCCAUUGAUGAUGAAUUGGGUGGAUAUGAUAUUGAACCUGUAAAGUUAUCUGUUUAUAAAGUUUUACAAAUGGGGCUGGGUGUUGGUGAACAAGAGUUUUGGUUACAACUGAAUUCACAUGAUUUGUUUAUCUUCAAUUUUGCCAAUGAGUCAAAUGAAGAAGUCAAAACAGAUUCUUUUCAAGUUGUUGAUUUAUCCAAUUUUGAAACUAGGCUCAUUGAUUUAUCUACAUAUGCAUGGUUCAAAAGUCCAGCAAAGAGGAUAUUCUAUAAUCAGUAUGAUGAUUAUUUCUUAUUGAUUACUGAGGCGGACGAGAUAUUGCAUAUCAAGUUUGAUAAUGAUGACCCCCACUCAUUUACUGUUGGACUGGGGGAUUUGAACAAUGUCAGUUUUAGUCCAACUUCUAAUUUGUUAAUUGGCGAGGAAGGUGAAACUUGGAAGCUAUUUAACCUCAAGGAUAGUUUAUUGGAGAAGUUGAAAACAUUAGAUAUUCCACAGGGAAAAGUUGACUGGUCAAGUUGUGGUGAUUUCUUCACCCUAAUUGAAGAUUCAGGAAAUUGGAAAAUUUUAUCUCGAUUCGGCAAGGUAUUAUUUGAUACUCAUCAGAAAAUAAAUGAAUUAAAUGGGAAGCAUGAUCAUACAGGUGGAUUCUUGAAUGCAAAGAUCGUUUUGAUUGGUGAAAAUUCAAAUACAUUGUAUGUUAUAUCUCAAGAUUCCAACAAACUUUAUUACAUUCCACUUUAUAACAUUGUUAACGAUAUCGUUUACGAUAAAAACUACAUAACUAUAAUUGAGAAUCACCGAAAUUUUGUACGGUUCCCCAUGCUACCCAAAUUCAGACGAUUAUUGCUACACCAUGAUAAUGUUGACUUCAUCGGUAAAAUUGCAACAUCGCAACGCAAACUAAUACUAUCGAAAAAUUAUCUUGGACAGUUGUCAAUUUCAUAUGGUGACAACAUUGCAGUGUCAACUCCCAUCACUACUGGGGGAUUAACUAAUCAUAUACUUUGGUUCAAUUGCAAGAACCAUUUUGCCGACCCGUUAAACAUUGUUGAUCAAUUCUGGUUUCAAGAUUAUCUCAUUGUAGUAAACAGAAGAAUCCAGCACGAUUUUGAAGCCGGUGAAGACAAGAAAGAGCAAUUUGUUGAUGAAGUAAUUGUAUUUGACUCGUCGCAAACCAAGUAUGGUAUGAGUGGAGAAAAUAUUGUAUUCAACAGUGAUUCGUUGCUUUGGAGAUAUGACUUUAAGUGCACCUUUGUUGCCACUCAACUAAUUCAUGAUGAGGAUGUAUCACAUAUAGUGAUUUUGACUACUGAUCAUAGAUUAGUUGUGCUUGACUUAGUCACCGAUAAAACUGUCAAUUUGGACUCAGAAACAAAACACUAUCGUAUAUUCAUUUCCACAAACAAGACUGUACAUUUAUCAUCGCUUAAAAAUAAGUUAAACUUGCAUGAAACCAGACAGAUUAGUAUGAUUGAUAAACGUCACUUCCUAUUCUUGCUACAGUCAGGUGAACUUUUCCUUUUGAAAAAUGUUACACGAUCAUCGUCAUUUAGCAAGACACCAAUAGAUGUUAUCAAGCCUAGUAACAUGUACGAUUUGAUCAAUUUGAAUUCAAGCAUUGAAUUUUUCAAAUUUGUCAUUGUCCCCUUCCAAUUACCAGUACAAUUUGUCUACUUAUUCAAUGGAGAUCAAAUUUUAAUCUACGACGUUGAUGAAAUGGUUGCAAAAGCAUGUAAUAAAUUACAUGUCAAUCAAGAAGAUGUUUUUGAAACUGAAGAUGAAUCAGAACUUGCGCCAAUUGCAAUUGAUACUGAUGAUAUCUUACCAUUGGAAAUCGAAACUGAUAAUAAAUCAAUUAAUUUAAUUGGAUUAGAAAAUUUAACUCUGAGUUAUCAUCAAAGUGAUUUUAUAAUCAAGAAUAAAUUAGCUCAUAAAUUGAUUUUGAACAAUUUUAUCGAAUUUGAUUUGGUUCAUCGAGGCGACUUAGAAAGCACAUUUAACAAGUAUAAAUCAUUUGCGAAUUUCCAAUUUUGUUUGGAGUUAUUGUUGUUUAAACUCUUGGUGGAAGAGGAACAUCAAUCAACUUUAACUUUGAAACGACUUUUCCAAUUGAUUGAAUUUACAGAAAGUCCUGAAUCCAUAUACAUAAAUUGUUUAAGAAAGAUUGAGGUUGCAUAUUGGGGUAAAUUUUUCAAUGUUUUAAACACAACACCAGUCAAAUUUAUGGAUCGAUUGAUUAAAUUGGAUAACGUUGAAUUAUGUUAUCACUACCUCAUUGUUUAUCUAAAUUACAAGAAAGAAGGUGAAUUAGGUGAAAAUGAGAAUGAACCUGAAACGUUAUUGCAAACAAAUGGAAAUUCCGAUCAAUUGAGCGAUGACGAUAAACAAAUCAUACUUCAGAUUAUUAAAAUGCUUGCUGAGAGUGAGAAAUGGGAUUGGUGUUUUGAACUAUGUAGAUUUAUCAAGAUCUUGGAACCAUCUGGUCUGUUCUUGAAAGAAAUUAAAGCUGACUUUGGGUGA